AUGCGGGUUGAUAUUUCAAAAGGAUUCACAACGAAUUUGCUGUUCCGACAGCCGCGCAAAAUAGCGAUUCUGGUGGCCACGCCUUCAUUUGGUAAUUCUUCUUAUACGAGUCUAGCUACAAGGAAAGACGCGAGGAGAGCUGUCGUUUUCACCUAUUUGAACAGAGACAUGGAACUAAGUGACGAAAUCAUGACGCAGUUCAAGAUCGAGUCUCGUAAGACUCCUCAAAUACUUUUAUUAGACAAGACAAAUGUUCAUCAACUUCUUCUGAACUCAUCAAUGACUUCAGAUCGAAUUUGGGAAUGGAUACAGACAAGGAAUGAUGAGGAGGCGACGAAAGAGCUUUCCGUAAAGGAUCCACAUCCGUUGCGUCUUCUUCAAAAAGCUCAAGUCGACACAGUUUUUGGUGUGCAAAACACAAUGAUUCUACCAGAUGAAAGCUUUUAUCGAGUGCCGGAAGUCAACAUACCACCACACCAUCCAACGAUAGGUGGUGAAUCAGGCGGUGGAUGUCCGUUUAUGAUGGGUCACGGUUUAGGAGGGGCGGUACAUGAAGAAUUGUGA